AUGUCGAGUAAAUCAACGAUAGGAAAACAAUCUAGUGGUCACCAUACAGUCCAGUUAGACUUCAACAUUGGUUUACCGAAACCUGUUAUUGUGACACAUUUAAAGUGUUUAUUUGCUGGGUUUUUAUUGGCAUACAGAACCAGUACCACUUCAGAUGAUAUACUUUACACAUGUCUUCCCCUUUACCACUCUGCUGGAUCAAUGUUUGGAGUCGGAACUAUAAGAAGAUAUGGAAUAACAAUGGUUCUGUCCGAAAGAUUUUCUGCCAGCAGGUUUUUCCAGGAAUGCCGUCAGCAUAAUGUCACCAUAAUUCAGUACAUAGGAGAAAUGUGCCGCUACUUAGUCAAUAACCCCAAGAAUACAAUUGAUACAGAACACUCAGUGAAGGCUGCCAUUGGAAAUGGACUGAGAAAAGAUAUAUGGAGUGAAUUCCAAAACCGUUUUAAGAUAGAAGAUAUUAUAGAGAUUUAUGGUGCUACUGAACUUUCAUUUGGAUUUGGUAAUCUUUACAAUGCAGUUGGGGCAACUGGACGAAUAACACCUCUAUUGAAAAUUUUACUUCCGAUAGCAUUUAUCAAGUUUGACUCUGUUACUAACCAGCCUGUCCGUAAUGAUAAGCGACGAUGUGUUCCGGUGGAGACAGGUGAACCUGGGCUUUUGAUAAUCAGAUUCGAUAAGCGAAUGCCUACUGAGGGAUAUAAAAACAAAGAAGAUGCAAAUAAAAAGAGAUUCCUUUAUAAUGUAUUUAAAGAUGGAGAUAAAUACAUCAAUUCUGGCGACUUGCUCUACAUUGACAAGGAUUAUUACAUAUUCUUUUAUGACAGACUUGGCGAUACAUUUAGAUGGAAAGGUGAAAACGUGUCUACUACUGAAGUAGCUAACACUAUAUCUGAGCUAUCAUUUAUAACAGAUACAUGUGUUUAUGGUGUUACGGUGCCAGGUUGUGAAGGAAGAGCUGGGAUGGCAACAAUACAUUUGGUUGAUUUUGACAAUGUAGAACCGACUGACGAAAUGCUUUCUAAAAUAGAGGAACAAUGUAGAACGCAACUAGCAGGAUAUGCUAUUCCAAGAUUCUUAAGAUUUACUCGUUUUCUAGAUAUAACCUCAACUUUCAAACAAAUGAAGACUACGCUUAAAAGGGAAGGUUUUGAUAUUAACUUGACAAUAGAACCAAUUUAUUAUUUUGAUAUCAGGGGGCAAACGUACUGUAAAAUCGAUAACGACAUCUAUUCAAACAUCAUCGAUAAGCGUAUUAAUUUUUAAUGUAUUUGAUGCCUGUAGAAUUGUGUCUUCAAAAUACUAGCAUUAAGAAUUUAAUUUCAAAUAUAUUUUUUAAACUUCUUUUCAAUGUAGCAUGUAAUAAUAUGUUGCUAAAAUUAACCUAAAUUAAUCUAUAUCUCAAUUGGUACCCCAUUUGCGUUUUUAAAAAACUACUGGGUCUAAAUAGCUGCUUUGGAUUGCAAAUGGAUACCUGAGGAUAGCAUCCGUCAAAACCCCAGCUUACCUUUGAGUCGGAACUGUAUGAACUGGCAUGAUUAAAAGGAUACAUUAUUCAAAAUAUUUGUACACUUUCAAGUUACAAUCGCUGUGUAUGCCCUUGACAACAAAUUUGAUCUUAUAUGUAUUUUAGAAGAAUUAUUUGGUUAGCAUGAUUGAAAAGGCCCUUAAGUUUUUUAUGCCUUCGAAAGUUUUAUAUCAUUUGUUAUUGAAUGAUUCUCGUGUGGUAUUCUUACUUUAUGUCAGUGAGGACAGUAUUGAAUUAUGUUACUGUUGAAGACCAUAUGAAUUGCUUUCAAUUGGUAUAAACAAUUUUACAAAUGUACAUAUAUGUUAUUGUCGCAGCUACGUUUAUUCAGAUUUGAUUGUUUAAAAUUUAUGGUUGUUAAAGCAAUACGAUUUAUUGAUUGUUGAUUGCAUAACGUCCAACGGUCAAUACUACUU